AUGGUUCGGCUACCAUUGCCACAACGUCUUAGCUCUCAUCUCAGCACGCGGAGCAAUGCUUCGACGCCCGGCCAAAGUAGAAGCACCAGUCCCAUGAGAACACCUGAUGUCAAGCCAUUGGUACUCAAAGUGUCGGUCCUGCGGGGGAGAAACCUUGCAGCCAAAGACCGAGGAGGAACAAGCGAUCCUUAUUUGAUCGUCACACUAGGGGAAGCCAGACAAUCCACGCCUACCAUAUUCAAGACAUUGAACCCAGAAUGGAAUGUGACCUUUGAAAUGCCGGUUGUCGGCGUCCCGUUGCUCGAGUGCAUUUGCUGGGACCACGACAGAUUCGGCAAGGAUUACUUGGGCGAAUUCGAUAUUGCGUUGGAAGAUAUAUUUACGGAUGGGGAAAUUCAACAACAGCCGAAAUGGUACACCCUCAAGUCGAAUCGAAAACCGGGCAAGAGGAAGGAUAACAACGUAUCGGGCGAGAUUCUUCUACAAUUCUCGUUAUCUGACCCUUCGAACCCGACAGCAUCACCAACGGAAAUUUACACGAGGUUUAAGACCUUAGUCUCCACUGGAGACGAAGACGAGUAUUUUCCUCCAGUAUCGUCUUCAACCAUCCUAGAGGAGUCUGGUGACAGGGACGAAGAAACAUCCGACGAAACCGAUGAUCCAACAAAACCAGAGACAGUAGAGAAGCGCAGGAGGAGACUACGCUUGAAGCGUUUGAAACGCAAGUCCUUGGCUGCCAGGGCGUAUCAGUUCUCUGGCGUUGGAAAUGGCGUGCAUGGCAUCGUGUUCAUGGAGAUUGUCAAGGUCACCGACCUUCCCCCAGAGCGAAACGUGACGCGGACUUCCUUUGACAUGGAUCCGUUCGUGGUAACGUCACUUGGUCGUAAAACGCUCAGAACCCCGGUCAUCCGCCACAACUUGAACCCAGUAUACAACGAGAAGAUGGUCUUCCAGGUCAUGAAGCAUGAGCAGUUAUACACAAUGAGUUUUACCGUAAUGGACAGGGACAAAUUCUCAGGGAACGACUUCGUGGCUUCGGCGGGCUUUCCCCUGCAAACCCUUAUCCAGGCUGGUCCUGAUAUCGAUCCAGAGACCGGGCUCUACCAGUUUUCCGAAGAAGAUAUGCGACCUCCAGCCAAGGUCAGCCCGGUCCCUUCAUCCUCAAGCUUGUCGAGGCCAAGUAAGCAUCUUGUGAGAUCGAGGAGCUCUACUACGUCUUUAUCGGCGCAACAACAGGAGCCUCAAUCUGUCCCUUCGCUAGUACUUCCUGAACAAAGCGCGAGCAGUAGCAACACCGACGGUUCUACUGCUACCAGUCCCGUCACAUCUGAGUCGGAUGGUCUUCGAGUCUACGAGAUUCCGCUAACAUUAAAGAAUAAAGAAAGAUGGGAGGAUAAACACUUCCCGCAAAUAAUAGUCAAGGCGAAAUACAUGCCUUACCGUGCCCUUCGACAACAAUUUUGGAGGCUAAUGCUGAGGCAAUACGACGCUGAUGACAGCGGUAGCAUUGACAAAGUUGAGCUGACCACGAUGCUCGAUACCCUUGGGUCAACACUAAAGGAGUCGACUAUCGAUAGCUUCUUCGAACGCUUCAGUGAGGAGAAUAGCUCAGGCGAUCCUUCCUGUUUGACAUUCGAUCAAGUUGUGAUGUGCCUCGAGGAUACACUCCAGUCGCUGCAGAAAGACCCGCGGACAAUGGGCAAAAAACUUAGCCCAGCUACUUCAACAGCCAGUCAAGAAAGUGACGGCGAGGAGUUAAAUGUUGAGACCAGCUCGUCCCAGCCGACUAAUGUUGAUUCUCAGGUCACAUCGAUCCCGACGAUGACCACAGAGCAGACUUCAGUCGACGAAGAUCUCCACCCAGACGACUUGGGUGACGAGCGCGGCGAAGAGCACGUUAUUGAGCUCCGAGAGUGUCCUCUUUGUCAUCAACCGCGCCUUUCCAAGCGGUCUGAUGCUGAUAUCAUCACGCACAUCGCAACAUGUGCAAGCCAGGAUUGGCGACAGGUGGACAACCUUGUCAUGGGAGGCUUUGUGACCUCGAGCCAAGCCCAACGCAAAUGGUAUAGCAAGGUUAUCACCAAGAUUUCUUACGGUGGCUACAAGUUAGGUGCAAACUCUGCCAACAUUCUCGUACAAGAUCGUAUCACAGGGCAGAUCAAUGAGGAACGGAUGAGUGUCUAUGUUCGAUUGGGCAUUCGGCUCUUAUAUAAAGGUCUCAAAAGUCGCGAAAUGGAGAAGAAACGAAUCCGCAAAAUUCUGAAAUCCCUUAGUAUCAAGCAGGGAAAGAAAUAUGACGAUCCAGCCUCUGCAAGUCAAAUUCGAGACUUCAUCAACUUUCAUCAGCUAGACAUGUCGGAGGUUCUACUGCCCCUAGAUCAGUUCAAGAACUUCAAUGAGUUCUUCUACCGUGCACUGAAACCAGGAGCCAGACCCUGUUCUGCCCCGCAUGAACCCGGGAUUGUUGUUUCGCCUGCGGACUGCCGUACGGUGGUGUUUGACCGCGUCACUGAAGCAACCAGUGUCUGGGUCAAAGGGCGGGAAUUCUCCAUCAAGAGACUUCUUGGAAAUGCCUAUCCUGAAGAUGUCUCACGAUAUCAGAAUGGAGCAUUAGGAGUUUUCCGGCUCGCUCCUCAGGAUUAUCAUCGCUUCCAUAUCCCUGUCGACGGCGUGAUGGGAACCCCGAAGACCAUCGAAGGCGAAUACUACACGGUAAACCCGAUGGCAAUCCGCUCCGCGCUCGAUGUGUAUGGCGAAAACGUUCGAGUCCUGGUGCCCAUUGAUUCGGUGAGACACGGCCGAGUUAUGGUGAUUUGCGUUGGUGCGAUGAUGGUUGGAAGUACGGUCAUCACGCGACAGGCCGGUGAAAAAGUCUCACGGGCUGAGGAGCUAGGAUAUUUCAAGUUUGGCGGAAGUACUCUUCUACUACUCUUUGAAGAAGGAAAGGUCAACUUUGACAGUGAUCUCGUGGACAACUCGCGAGGAGCUCUGGAAACUUUGGUCCGGGUAGGUAUGUCUGUGGGCCACAGCCCUGAUAUACCACAGUUCGAGCCUGAUCUGCCCAAGAAGCCCGAGGAUGUCAGCCUCGAAGAGAUGCAAGCCGCCAAGCGCAGGAUUGAGGGCAGCUUGGCUCCACCAGCACAUGCCUCAGCGCUACAGUAGAUGUCAAUGAUAGAUUUGUUGCGACUGUUAUUGCAUUUAUUCAUUACACAGAUGCAUUAUACUGAAGAACCUGGACAUACAAUUAUAGGCUAUAAGUAUGAGGGCUGAUGAUGUGCUCUCGUUUGGUAAGCAUCAUGCAUACAUAGAGGGGAUAGCAUGUGACGGUAUGAAUCUAUAGACGC